AUUUCCGAUCAGUGACGAAAAUGGUCGAUAUGGCACUAGCAAUUCCCUUUACCGCAAUUAUCCUAACCUACCCCUCGUAAAAUGCCAUAAAACGCUUGAUCUAUAAUUUGUCUAUGUUUCUACCAGCACUGAUCACAGGAUUAGGAAUCACAACAUAAGACUCUGGAAUGAAGUAUCCAUGCAUAUUGACGCACUUCAUGAAUUAAAUAAAGAUGGACAUUGCCAGCCCCACUCCUCAAGAUCUACAGACAAAGCUCUAUUUCCUAGUUGAACAGCUGCAGCACAUGGCUGGAGAGUUACCGCCGAAGUAUCAGAUGCGGUUACCAUACGAAUUACUGUCAGGCUUAGCAAAUUCGUUGUUAAAUGAUACUAUCUUCGAGAUAGUGAAGGGUCUCAUGGAGAUACAACACGUCACUGAAAAGCAUCUCUUUCAGCAGCGGCUACAGCUUUUGAAUCAACAAAAGAUAGAGUGCCAGGAAGUGUUGUCGGCAAAAACGACGGAUGAGGAGACAACCACGUUUAAAGGAGCACUAGAUAAAAAGCACAGGGAAGAGUUGAAACAAAUGGACAUGAAAUUAGUGUUGCAAUUGGAUCAAAAGGUAGCUGAUCAGCAAAGCAUAUUAGAAAAGGCUGGCGUACCUGGAUUUUACGUGACAAACAAUCCAGUGGAAAUACAGGUGCAGAUGAGACUGUGUGAUUUCAUAAUCAGGCUCAGCAAAAUGGAAAUACCAACUUGACACAAAUAUAAACUUAUCUUUUGUAUAAUUACUAUUUAUUCAAUAAUAUUUAUCACUUAUGGAUAGCAAGUGUCAUUGUUUUAUUUUUAUUAUAAUUUUAUAUUUAAUAUUUAAAUUCUGAAAACUAUUUUUGAAGAAUGUAAAGAUUUUUAUUUAUUAAAAGGCUCUAUUUAAGUCAAGACUUUUGUACAAUGUAAUUGAAAUGUAUUCUAUAAAAAGUAAACACAAGUCCAAAAAGUCAAAUUUUUAGAAAAUAAAUUUAUCUUUCAAUCAUUUCUUGUGUAAAUAUAGUAAUUUUUCUUUAAACUAUAAUAGGUACAAGAACAAAGUUAUAGACUUUAAUUAAUUUUGAGGAUUUAUUUAAAAAAGUAACUUUAUUUGACUAUUACACAAAUUUUAUUAUCUACACUUGUAUUUUCCACUGUUUUUUUCUUGUUUUUAAAAGAAAAAUUCAAAUGCAGAUAAAGCUGUACGACUUCAUAAUAAGAUUUAGCAAGAUAAAUAUAUCAAUUUUUGAUACAGAUG